AUGUCGGCAUCCAUCAACAAGACUAUCUUGGAAUAUUCACAGUCGAUUCUAAAAGCAUCAGAUGAAUUAGAAAGAAAGUUUUCGCUUGAUCAAAUCGAAAAGGAGCCCAUUUUUGACUCACAAGUCACGAAAGAUGUUUUAUCGGAUAGUGGGCUGACAUCCAAAGAGAAUGAUGCGUUUGGUAUCGAUGUGGGAUCCUUCCUCAAUGCUGCAUUUGCAUACUCUCUCUACGAAGCGAUGAAAUCUCAUCUGAAGUGCAAAAAGGACAGUUUACAGGCAGCAAAAGCAGAGGAUGACAAGUAUCUUCACCAACUUUUGUGCAUACUGGAUGCCUCAAUUGCCACAAGCAGACACUACAAUGCUGACUCGUGUCCUAUGAAUGUGUUCAGUACUAUUAUGCUUGUUUGUUGCUCGUCCAGUUUUUCAGUUAGGCGUUUUGGAGAGGUGUUUUUCAGUAGUAAAAGCUCUUCCAGAAGACUUGCUCUGACACAUAACAACAGUCUAGUGGGAAAGGCUAAGCCUGGAUCGACAUUGCUUCAGUUGGGAAACAAUCUGAUCCCAAAGUUGUACGAUCAGUUUGAGGAAAACAACAUUUUCACCGCAAAGCUGCAUCUAUUCAUACAAAGUGCCCUUGGAAUUGGUGAUAAACUCUCACUAGCGAGUGACUGGGUGGUCAAUAGGCAUCGUGGCCUAUACCAGGGUCUUGUUGAAUCGAGAAAUUGGCCUUCUAGCCCUCCCAGCACGAUGUCACUGCCAUAUCAACGGAUUUUUACCGAUUAUGGCAAAUUGAUGAACUGGUUUACGUCCCAGAGCAUUGAGGAUAACUUGAAAAUGAUUAUCAACGUGUUGCAAAAGGAGUCACGGGGCUCUUUCCGGGAAAAGGAUCUUGAAGCGGAGAAUUUGUACAAUUUCAGACGUUCAAUCAAAUGGCUCAAGCAGGAUAUUGAUAAGAUCUUGCAUCCAGAGAGGAAUUUUCAUCAGGGCAUGCCUCUCAGUAGUGAGUAUCUUGAGUACGAGGGCAAAAGUAGGCAGUGCGAGUGGGUUUUGAACCAGGGGGAGUUUGGUCUGCAAUUAAGAAACGAUUGUAAGAAUAUGAUCACAUUGAUGGGUCAGCUUGUAAUUUUGGUCGAUUACAUAAGUCGAUUUUGUGCGCCACACGUACGUGUGGUGAUGGAUAAACUUGCCAGGCGCAAGUUAAAGUUUAAAAAGCCUGCAGCUUACGACUCAGUCAUUGAAAAUACUUAUUUUUACAAGGAGAUGCAGCAGUUCAAAGCACAGAUCUUAGGUAUGAUGGAGAAGUCCGAAUCCACAGUUUUUAAGCAUAUUUUGGAACACACUGAAAGUAACUGGGAGUUAAUGAAGCUGCAGCAGUUUAGUCAUCCAGAUCUGGAGAAUUUGAAGCAGCAUUCGGCAUCAAAGAAGAGAAAAUUAGAUGAGUACAUGCAGAGUUGCGAGGAUAGUUCGUUUAAAAAGAAGAAGCCAUACUUCCACAAAGUUGGAACUGCCAGGUUAUCGAGAGUCUGGAGAACUGAAACUGGUCUUGACAACUUGAAAAGAAGUCUGAAGAAUAAGGAUGAGACGCUGGAGGGAUAUAAGGAUGAUAUAUAUAUGGCGGAAGGUGCAUUAGAAGAAAAAAAGGGGCAAUUAAAGCAAUUGGAAAAGGAAAUGGAGAAGAUGGAGAAGGAAAGGGAGGAGAUGGAGAGGAAAAAGAUUGAAAAAGAAAAGAAGGCAGAAAAAGAAAAGAAGACAGAAAGUGAGAAGAAGGAUAUGAAAGAGAUUGAAAAGGAGGAUGUGAAAGGGGAUGGAUCUCAAAAGAAGGAGGAUGAGUCUGAAAAGAAGGAGGAUGGCACUGAUAAGAAAGAGAUUGACACUGAUAAGAAAGAGAAUGACACUGAUGAGAAAGAGAACGAGUCUGAAACGAAAGAAAAUGACACUGAUGAGAAAGAGAACGAGUCUGAUCAGAAACUAUCAAAAGAUAUAGAUAAAGACAAAGCAGCCGACGAAACCGAAAAACUGCAAUACUCGAUCGAUCAAGAAAAGUACCAAAAGCAGAUUGAUGAUAUUGCACAGCUAAAGAAAGAAGUGCAAAAAGAUGCAAGGGAAAGUAGCUUGUUGAGGUGGAAAAUGUUGAGGGUCAGUCGCUCUUCUGGAAUAUGGUCUGAGUUCAGGUUAUAA